CCCUCAAAUAACUUCCUCAUAACAGAUAUUUGAUCUUCUCAAAGCUUAGGUGGAUCACUGCUAAACAUGCAUAUUCCAAGAAGAGUCUUUUAAAAACUUAACAUGGCUUCCGCGAAGGAGGGGCGAAGUACAACUUAUGUCAGUUUCGUCUGUCAAAGAUGUUAUCAGCCUCUGAAGCUGGAUCAUUCUCUUUUAUCUUUGAAUGGAGAAACGAUUGCAGAGUUAACAGGUUAGAAUGUAACUUUUUGAAAAUUUCAUUUCCAGAUUCUGGUUUAUAAUGGUGUAUUGCUGGUUUGCAGUUGACUGUCAUUUCGUUUCAAAUUAUUGAAACAUUUACGGUCAAAUCUGUAUUUUGGACCCGGGCGGGGAGGGGUGGGGGGUACUUUAGGAAAUUCUGUGUGGGGAUGUGCCGCUGGGACCCUGGAACUCUUGACCUUUACCAGAGCUAGUUCAGCGGAAUUUUGCUACCCUAUACUAGAGUAAACUCCCCAAAUCCCCCCUAUCCUAGAGUAGCAGUUUUCCAGAAACUACUGAGGUCACUAGCACAGUCUAGUCAAAACAAAACCUUAUACCACAAUCCCUAGUCUAGAUAAAAUCUUCAACCAAUUGAUCAGUUUCCUGAAAAAUGAUACUCUAUUCUAGAUCCAAACAAUCCCAUUUAUAUACCCUAUCCUAGAGUAAACUGCUUCAAAACCAUACCCUUCACAACGGCACAUACCUUUUAAAGCCCAUAUAUGGCAGUACCCCCCCGGAUUUUGGAGUAAGUUGUACCUGUUGUAAUGUUUUUCCUGUAUUUAUCCUAUAAAAUACAAAAGAUCGAUGCGCAGAGUUAAUAACAAAAAUGGCCCCAUGAUCAGAGGGUGAGUUGCCUGUGGUCGAGAACAAAGACAUUCCCCAGGGAAUAGGUUAACCUCUUUUCCAUUCCAAGUAUUCUACCAUAUCAUAUCAUUGUUGACCUUCAUUAUGGCUGUGCUGUAAAAUGGUUUCAAACCAAGAACGGCAACAAACUCUCCUUUAAUUUAGAACCUGUUUUAGGACAAUACUGCAAAUCCUGCAAUCUGAAUGGAUGGGUAUGUUCCAGUAGCCUGCGUCGCAGACGUAAUUUAACCUUGGCUAGUAAUGUCUGUGAAGUAGUGCCAAGAUCCUUUUUCUGGGCCCCCAGUGGACUAAACAAAUUGGCAGCAAGGAUCUUGGCACUGUUUCGCAGACCGACUUAACCAGAGUUUAGUUUCAUCUGUGGCGUGGGCUAAGGUUCUGGCAGACUGUGGGCAGGAUUUUUAUCUUUCCUGCCAGGAUGAAUCUGAGCAGGAAUGAUUUAGUAUUAGAUUGUAAGUUGUUGCACAAUGGCAGUGGCCUUAACCUCAUCGCAGAUAACUUCACAAGUCUUUUGUGUUUUGUUAGCACCCUUUCCAGAGUUAAAAGCUCAAACGGAUGAUGGGAAUGAAUCAAGAGGAAAACUUAACACAUCUUCAAAUCAGGUAUUUAAAGAUUAAAAAAUGGUUUGCCUGUCAUUGCCAAUAAUAUUGCUCACAGUGCAUGUCUGUUGUAUUCUGUUAUCAGUCCCCUGUUACUGCAGAAGAUGAAAAUGUGGAGCAUACAUGCAGAAUAAUUCCUCCCGCAAGGUAAUUAAUACAGUGUAGGUUAUUAAAAUUAUGAGAGUAAGUUUCUCCAUUUUUCUUUGCGAGUAUUCUGUUAAUUAUUAAAAAUAGUACACAAUUUCUAUGAUUUAUGAAUAGACAAUUUUGCUAAGGCCUUAUUUAGGGUGCCCCUGGGGGGGGGGGGGGUCUCUGGGGCACGUUUUUUUGACAUAAGCCCAUUUAAAACCAUAAAGUAGGGCUGGCCUAAGAGGGUAGGGCUCUGUUUGUUUGACUAUGUCUGGCCUCGCAGUUUGCUAAAGGCACAAAAUUUCAUCACAGAAUGGUUUCAAACUCACAACUUUUUUCUCCAAGCUACAAAACUGGUGAAUAUGUUCAUAGAUAUCAACUCAUAAGAACGGCAGCAAAGCAAACUGAAAGAUAAGAAACAGUACAGGAUUUUAUGAAGGAAGAUCAGAGCGAGGAAACUUAAACUUUGCAUAUAGAUGGUCGGUGACUUUAACACUGAGAGGAAGGGUGCCACUGACUCUUAGAGAUACCUUCUUCCCAUCUAAACAGGCCAUAAGAAUAUUUUGUGAUUAAUUUCCCUGCAAUCUUUUUUUUCAGACUACAGUCUCUUGAGGGUGGGUUUACUGUGAUCGGGGACUCCCAGCCCAACAACACAGAAAACCUCAGUCACAGACUUAAGGUAUGAUAACCAUUGAAAGUAAGUUACCAUAGAAUCUAGAUCUCUCUUGCAAGCCACAAAUAUUGUAUCACACACUUUAUUAAAAUCCAGCUAGUGGUCUAUUAUCAAUGCUGCAUUCUGUUUGGUUGAGCUACUACUAGGCUAUAUGUUAUAGGCUAUAUGUUAUAAGUCUAGCUUUAACUAGCUAAUUUUUUUUUACUCUCGAUAUUUUUUACCAACUGGUUGGAUUUUACUAGAACAAUUAUUCCUCUUGCCCUCAUGGCCUCUGAGUCAAUAGCCCAUUCGGCCUCAUGGGUUAUUGACUAAGAGCCCAUUCGGGCUUGAGGAAUAAUUGUUAAAUAUCCACCUUUUAUUCUCUAUACUGUACAAUUAUUUAUCAUAAUCCGUUUAUAGAGUAGUGACACAAUGGUAUGAUGCAUUUUCAAAAUCCAUAUCUCCAUCCAUAUAUACCUCAAUCUAUUUGAACACAGAGCCCACUUAACCCAUUCGCUCCUGGAGAUUUUGCCGAAAAACGCGUUUUGAAGCUAGUCGAGUGGUUUUCUGGUCACUGUCGUGCUAUAAAGAGCUAAAACUUACCACAAACUGGUUUACAAGUCGAACACUUCGUGGCCUUCUGAUCCAGAUGCAAAAUAUCAGCUUGCGAAGUUCGGGCAUGCGCAGAAAGCAAAAUUUCGACAUAGUUUUUGGGUUUAAAAGUGAGACAGCAGUCUUGACUUUUACUUUUCGCUUUCUCUCCUCCCUUCUUUUUUCGCUUUUCUUGCCUCAUUUUUUUUUCUCUUGCUGGGCAUUUAGUAGGCUUCAUUUUGGUGGGAAGAGGUUUUAGGAAAGCUUUUAGCAUCUUAGGAUUAGGUGAAAGGAAAGGUAGGUGGGUAAUGGAACAAGAUUUUCAUGGAGAUUUUCAGGUCAAUGUCAGGUGGUUUUUUGCUUGUUUCUCCGGUGUCCUUGACUAAAUUGUGCUCAUUCUUGUAUGGUUUGAAAGAUCUCUUCACUCUGCACAAGUUAGCGAAGAAAGUUGUCCUUGACCGUUAAAACUGAUGACGUCACAAUGGGUAGAAAGGACCUGGAUCCGCACGGGCGGUUACGGGCGGUUCAGGGGCGAAUGGGUUAAUGAAAAAAUUAUGAGACAUUUAUCCAGGUAAAAAAUCUUUGCACAAUGGCAAUGACUACAAAAUUAUUACACAGGAAGCCCAUGAUAGAGAAAUAUGCAGGGAUUCCAGAGUAGUAGCCCUGUCUAUCAAAACCUGUAAAUCCUUUAUAGUUUUCUUUCCCCAGCAGGAGCACCACUUUAGGUGUUGUUUAAAUGUAUUUUGACACCUAUAGUGGUUCUGGAAGUAAGUGAUCACAAGACCGCACUGCAUGUGUUCAGACUAGCCUCCUGUACAUGAACCUUGAUAACAUCCUUUAUCACUCAUUUUUUCUACUAUUAAGGUCACCACCCUCCUGUUUGACAUUAUGUCCGGACAGUCAGAGGUCGAUCACCCACUAUGCGAAGAAUGUACAGACACCUUACUAGAUCAACUGGAUGAGCAGCUUAAGAUUACAGAAGAUGAAUUAAAAGACUACAAAGUGUUCUUUAACAAGCUCAAUGACAAACCAGCCCUUGAUACUGAGGGUUUGUCUAAGGAACUUACUGAUCUUAGAAAGGAGGAAGAGGAACUGAUAAGAAAAUUGGAAGAAGUUGAAAAGGAAAGAGAGAAUGUGGCUAAAAAGAUGGAAAUGGAAAAGGAGAGGUCCAAACAGUUAGAAGAAGAAGAAAGGAAAUACUGGUUGGAAUACAGUGAAUAUCAAAAGGAGUUGCUAGAGUGUGAGGAUGACCAGCAAAGGUUAAUCAAUACUAAGCUAAUAUUCACUAUACAAUCUUCCUAGUACUACCUGAUCUUUGUAGGCACAAAGUGGUAAAAAUCAAUGUUGAAACUGACCCCCUUUUCACCUGUCUACACUAAAAUCAACCUUGAUCUCCUUUUUUUGCGACCAUCUGCAAUCAUUUUAAAAUCUAUUUUGUAGUAGGUAGUCUUUAAUGUGCUAUGAAAUUUAUGUUAUUUAUCCUCAGUGUUGAUAAUCAAAUGAGAUAUGCUCAAGCCCAGUUGGAUAAACUUAAAAAGACAAACGUGUUUAAUAGUACUUUUCAUAUAUGGUAAGUAGAUAGUUUAAUUAUUCUUUGGGCUUUCAUGUUUCAGAAUCAUGAUUGUUAUUCUCAUUCCCUAUGCUUUCAAGCCUCACCAGAAAUAUUUUUUACUACUCAUGAUUAAUGAGGAAAAUUUAAAAUGUGGGGAACGUAACAAAUAAAACCAUUAUUUUUAAAUAAGACAUAGAACAUUCUUUGAGCAGGUGUUUUUCUGGACGUAGGAAAUAAAGUAACGUAAUUAAAAGCUUCCACAAGUGAAAAAAAUUCCAGAAAUACAGAGGAAAUGGGCAGUUAUGGUUUCGUGGUAGAAUUAUGACUAAUGGCGUGAGAGUUUCAAUGUUUUCUACUUUAGGCAUAAAGGUCAUUUUGGAACCAUUAACAACUUCAGACUUGGUCGUCUUCCUAGUGUGCCAGUGAGUUUCAUUAUUACAUUUGGAACUUCAGUACCUUGGGUUUAAUUCAAAUUGUUGUUCAUCUUAAUUAAGGUUUCUUGGUUGCUUUUGUUAGGUUGAAUGGAGUGAAAUCAAUGCAGCCUGGGGCCAAACAGUUCUCUUACUUCAUUCUCUUGCUCGAAAAAUGAACUUAACAUUUGAGAGGUAAAGUAGAUAAGGCAAAAACUAAUGUUGGCAUCAUAUUUAUUUUCAGUUUACUUGCAAAUAAGGAAACACUCCAAUACACCCUCUAGAAUAUAUCCAAAAACCUUUUAAUAAAGGAAUAUAAGUGGUAGUUUUAAGUUAUUGAAAAGAAUGUCAGGUUAACUUGGUGACUUGUAUAGCAGUUCAGGGGAAAAAUUAAGUACCCUGGUACACUGUGUGAAGGGAUACAUGCAAAUAUGGUACACAUGUAACCCUUUGUUAAAAGAGUGAGCACAUUCCUAAACAGUACAAUGUUUCAGAUAUCGCUUGGUUCCAUAUGGAAAUCACUCUUACUUGGAAUCACUUACAGACAAGUCAAAGGACCUUCCUCUGUGAGUUGCUUUAUUUUAUUUUACAAUGCAAGACUAUUAUCUAACUCGGAAACCUAAUGGUUUAUUUAGAUGCGAGGCAUUUGCUUACCUGUAAUGUAUUUUUAGUUUUCCUUUUAUUACACUGCAUGUAACUGACCAUUAGACUAAAACUACCUUCUGUAACUUUAUUAUUCUAAAGCGAAAUGUAAAUAAAGCUUCUUGUUGUUGUUGUGUGGUUAACAUUAAAUUUUUUGUAAUUACUGCCGUGUUGCUAGUAUACAUAAAGUUGUUACAUUGUGCCUUAUUUUAUAACAAAGGACCAUGGGUUACUCAGAACUAUUGUUUUAUUUAUUGAAUUAUUUAUGCCCCUUUCUUUUAUAUGUCAGAUAUGGAUCUGGUGGAUUCAGGUUCUUUUGGGACACUAAGUGAGUUUGACGUUUCAAUAGAUACCAGUACAUUUAGAAGAAUUGAUCAGGAAAGCCAUUAUUGUACAACACUGUAGAUUUGAUGUUGUGUGGGUGUAUGGUGUGUGUUCCAUUCGGUGGGAGGGGGAUGGUAAGGGUUCUCCUUUUCCCUUUCCUUCCCAUGCUUGUUUCUGGGUUUUAUUUCUUUAUUUCCUUCUCGGAGAUACUAGCCUAUUUUUGGCUACUCUGCAAUUUGAGAUAAAAUAAAGUUUUAUGUAUGUAUGGGUCUUUUACAUUCGUUUUUGUAUAUUUUUCAACCUUUCCCCCCCUUGGCAUAUUUCCCACUGGGUUAAUGCAACCAUGACAACAAUGGCUUAAAUGGGCUAAUUAACACCCAAAAUAAAAGAGGAAAAAUCGUGAAUUUCGACCAAAUAAAUGUAAUCUAUACUUUUCCCUUUCCUUCCCAAUUUCUUUAUUUCCUUCUCGGAAAAGCAAUUUGAGAAAAUGGGUCUUUUACAUUCGUUUUUGUAUAUUUUUCAACCUUUCCCCCCCCCCUUGGCAUAUUUCCCACUGGGUUAAUGCAACCAUGACAACAAUGGCUUAAAUGGGCUAAUUAACACCCAAAAUAAAAGAGGAAAAAUCGUGAAUUUCGACCAAAUAAAUGUAAUCUAUACUGAGAACAUUAAAUUCUAGUUUCUGGUGACUAAAACUAAAGUAAAGUUUCAAAAGUUGGGAAUUCAUGGAAAAACUGAAAUAAAAUGCAGACUCAUGCAAUCAGCCGAGACAAAACAAGUAAUUCAUUAUAAACUGACUCACCUUUGCUUACCAUUUUAUCGUUUGCUGUGUUUCUUUAAAUGUUGAACGACUUUUUCAGCUUAUGUGAAUCACGCGCGGAAACAGCAACUAAUGUUACCAAAUGUUGACUUUUUUUCCUAACUUUUGCUCCUCUUGAGUUUAAAUUUGCAUUUUACAAGUAUUUUCCUUAAAACAUAAAGUCUCUUUGGCUCAAAAUAAAGUUUUAAAUACGGAAUAACUACGCUCCUUUACGUUGUUCACAAACGUGAAGACUUUCGAAGACUGCCUCCGUUGAUUUGUUAGCUGUAACCGCGGACUGCACGCUUUAAAAAUGGCGGGAAGAACAAGGAUUGCGUGCUGUACUUUGUAAGCUGUUUUGUGAUUGGUUGCUUCGUUAAAAGUGCAACAUCUUUUUGCCAGAAACAUGGUUCAUACGGAAAAAAUACAAAACUAAUUCCAAACAAAAGAAUUCUGUAAGAAUAGUCUUAAAAGUCUGUAAAAAUGUACUGUUCUUCCAAACAGGAAAGAAUCCUUGAAAAUGUCCGUAAACAAUCGAUUUGUUAAUGCGUUAUUUAUUUAUUUGUUUUGUUUUUCCAUUAGGUUUGACCAGGCAAUGGUUGGCUUUUUGGAUUGUUUACAACAGGUAUUAGAAAAAUAUAAAGUAACAAAACAAGAUCAUUUGAUUGAGGCCUUUGCAGCAAGAAACGUUUUGAGGGAAUUUGUAAGGAAGCUGUACGCGUAGUAGACUAAUCUUGUAGGCAGGUUUGUAUUCCCUAUAGUUGGCAACAAACUCAGUAACACAUAUGGCUUUUUCCCCUCUAAGUUCUCACUACAAUAGUACAUUAUUCUCUUUAGAGACUCCAAAAUUAAGUGUAACCCUGUAGCGUACAGUACACAGUGCUACUGUAGAAUACUGCUAUUAAUGUGGCUUUUAUUUGGACCAAUUUUAAUAAGGUCAUUUUACAUUCCGUGCGCAUCUUGCCGUUUUUAAUCUGUUGUUGUAGCUCAGCUUCAUUGUAUGAAACAUCAGUUGAGACGUUUAAAUAAUGUUCGUCUUUAGUUUAAAGAAGCCGUAGAGAAAGUGGAUAAGAGAUUUUGUCUUCCUUACAGGUAAGCACAUAAAAACUGAGUGUUAACAGACAGAUAAUCCAGGAUACGUCAGUUCGACUCAGUAAAAACCGACAUAAUAGUUAGAAUACUGGCAUUCGUGAACUUUCUAAGUUGUUUCUUUUCUAUUAUGUAUUUGUAACAAGUGUGCAUUCGUUUUGUGGUCUUAAGUGGAAUUGUGUAGGCUUAAAAUCAGAACUGGAAUCGAUUUUACUUGGUUUAUUGAAAAACAUAUUCAAGCGUGACGAAACUUUUCAGCCUCUUUACCGUUUCGGAAUUGUGUGACAAAUUGGUAAUAUUAAUUCAUGACAUCACGAUUACGUUAUUAAAUGCUCGUUCCAAAAUUACACAAGGCGUGUUCGAAGUUACUUGAUUGCUAAUUGUUAUUCAUGACGCAUCCCUUGCAUCACUAAUUACUAGCUCAAUUAGCCCGAUCACUUGCUAACGAACUCGCGCUAAUGAACUAAGUGGUAAUUACGUUUAUGACGUGUAGCCCGAGAGACUAAUCAUUUGCCACUUCUCACCGGACUGGUCAGACGCAACUUUUUUAGCUCCGUGAAAAAUUCGUCAGAUCAGUUCAAAAAUGGCCAAGGCUCGCCGUGGUACCAAGAAAUCCGUUGUAGCCAAAAGAAAGAAGGCCGCUAGCAAGAGAUCAGCCAAGCGCCCGGCUCUUACAAAUCAGGCGGUAUACAAUGCCAUCGCAGCCUUGAAAGACCGCAAAGGAUCAAGCGCUAAAGCCGUUUUGGCUUAUCUCAAAUCCCAAAAUGCAACAAAAGCAGUGUCACCUCUGCAAGUAAAAGUUGCUUUGGCAAGAGGUGUGAAAUCAAGGGCGCUUAUCAAGAGUGGUGCUUCCUUCAAGCUUCGUCAAGUGUCAACUCCAAAGCCAAAAGCAAAGAAAGCAGCGAGGCGGACAAGAUCUCGCUCCCGCUCGAGGUCAGCUUCAAGUACUCGCUCCAGCAAGUCCCGAUCGCGUUCUCGUUCGCGAUCCCGCUCUCGAUCACGAUCUAAGAGCCCAGGCAGGAAGUCGGUGAAGACAGUUACUAAAGCUAAGAAGGUAGUCAAGAAGGUUACCAAAAAGCGCAAGGCCAGGCGUGGAAAAGCCGCGGCCAAGAGACGCCUCACCCCAAAAAGAAGCAAGAAGGUCGCACGCAAAGUAAAUAAGAAGCCUGCCGCACCACGAAAAAUCCGCAGAAGGCGCCGACGAUCUGCGCGCAAGUGAAUGAACUUUUAACUAAACGAAGGACUGUGAUCAUUUUUUUAGCUUGCUAUGGUUAAGAUCUUAAAAGCUCCUUUAAGAAACAAAGACUUGACACGCUGAAUUGAAAUUUUAGUAAGCGAUAAUAACUGGAAAUUUUUCACACGGAUGGACUGUACAUUAUAAGAAAAACAUCUUGAAAUAAAAAAAUAUGGAGGGACAAGAAUGUUGUCUGUUUUAUAUACUGUGAGAACGAUCCACAAGAUAAUGCAAUUAGUAAUAUUCUUGUGUAAAAAAGAAAGCCUUUUUCCUGGCAACUCUAAUUAAGUAUUUUUUUAAUGGAGGCUCCUUGCACGCGCAGUGACGCAGUUUCAAUGCGCGCUUAGGAUGGACACUAAAUAAUACGUUUACUUUUAUAGGCGAUACAAUUCUGGUAGAAAAAAAAAAGAACAACAAUUACAACAAUUUGCAUUGCAUUGUGCGUACAGUUUAGAAUGAUUCCUUCAAGGAAUCUCCUUCCCAGGCUCUACUUUGUUAUAACCCGUUUUGCCAGCCGCAUUAAUACAGGUUUAGGGAUAAGUGUUACGUUUGAGCUUAAAGUACAAGAAUUGUUGGCCCACAAGUCAACUUAAGCUAGAAUAUAAGGACCUAAAUUUUGGUCCAGUCAUAGAAGAAACAGUUUAAAACGCACUUCAUGUUUGAAAAAUUGAAUUAAAACGUUUGCGCGAAUUGUCUUUGUCUGCGUCUAACACUGGCAAGAUAACUGGUCAGGGCAGCCUGGGCAGCUCGCAAUUGGGCAAUUUCUCAUAUAAAAUUUUGUUGUUUCUAUGUAGGAUGGAGAAAGGAAAAAUUUACGACUCCAGUGGAAGUGGUGGACCGUUUUCUAUAAAGUGAGUUACUCUUUUCAAAUUGGCAAGUUACCACACCGUUGGCAAAAGCACCUAGAACAAGACGAAACAAUAAUCCCGUUACAUAUGAGAACAAGUCUCUAGUUGGAUGAUAUAAAUCCAUGACAGGAAUGACCCAAGACAGUAGGUUUUUACGAAUUCAAAAUGGAGAUUUUACCAUUUUAUUAGACAUGGAAUAUAACCAACAAAGUCUAACCCAACACGGGAAACAGUUAGACAAUCUGAUAAGUUUUUCAACGGUUAGCAUCUUUCUUUCUUAUUUUUUGGGUUGUGCAAACAGCCCUUCUAUUACCGGAAAAGCCACUUACUGAUUCGUUCCGUUGUAUUCUGUAGUUGUGGAUUAGUAAAUCUAAUUCCAAUAAAUGUAUUUCCUUUUUUAGAAUACAGUUUAACUCGGAAGAGCAAUGGACAAAAGCGUUGAAAUUCGUGCUGACUAACCUGAAAUGGGGACUGGCCUGGGUCUCGUCCCAGUUUACCGAGAAGUGAUCAUAACGCGCGGUCGACUGUGCUGUAAUCACUAAAUCCAAUUGAUGUUAAUUUAUGGUUGGUCAAAACAUACACAUCCACCUCUCAACAGACGUUAAUGAAUAAAAAAG